GCAUGCUGCUCUGCAGCCAAUUUAAGAUACUGGAUACUUGUCUACCUUGCUUGAGCUGAUAGCAGGCACGACACGAGGCAGCAUUUCCGUGUCUACAAACCACCACCAUCCUUCCAACAGACGCAUCUUUUCUGUUGCAAGUCGAGUCGCAUCUCUCUAGUCCGUUUUCAUACAAUUCCAACCUUCAUCCAGGACUGUCGCAAAGAUGGACUUCAAGAAUUUCGGCAAGAACAUUACCUCCUUCGGGGCUUCCAUUACCCCCUUCGCCUCUCGUACAUUUCAGUACACCAAGGAGCAGCUCGGCCAGGCUGAGGACAAGACCCAGCUCCCGCCCGACUACAUCGACCUCGAGAAGCGCGUCGAUGCUCUUAAGCAGGUUCACCAGAAGAUGUUGGCUGUAACCUCUCAAUACUCGAACGAGGCCUAUGAUUAUCCCCCCAAUCUCAAGGAGACCUUCCAGGACCUUGGCCGCACCGUUAGCGAGAAGGUUUCCCUGCUCUCUUCUGCCGCCUCUCCUGCGGAGGCUCAGGCCGCGCUGACGGCCCCUCCCACCGCGAAGCCCCAGCCCAAGACCUUCAACCAUGCCAUUGCCAGAGCUAGUCUCUCCAGCAGCCAGGUCUUGCACCAGCAGCACACCGGUGCGGGGGAGGACCCUUUAGCUACAGCGCUUGAGAAGUACGCCUUGGCCAUGGAGCGCGUCGGCGAGGCCCGCAUGGCCCAGGAUGCCCAGAUCCAGAGCCGCUUCCUUGCUGGUUGGAACACCACCUUAAACACCAACCUCAAGUUCGCUACUCGUGCCCGCCAAAAUGUCGAGAAGUCGAGAUUGACCCUUGAUGCCGCCAAGGCCCGCGCUCACGGUACCACCUGGAAGAUCGGCCCCGGCUCUCCCCGUCCGGAUGAACACCAGCCUCAAGAGCUGAGCCCUGAGGCACAGGAAGAAAUUGAGAAAGCCGAGGACGAGUUCGUUACGCAGACCGAAGAGGCUGUCGGUGUCAUGAAGAAUGUCCUUGACACCCCUGAGCCCCUUCGCAACCUUGCCGACCUCAUUGCUGCUCAGAUUGAGUACCACAAGCGGGCUUACGAGAUCCUGAGCGAGCUUGCUCCCGUUGUGGAUGGUCUGCAGGUUGAGCAAGAGGCCAGCUACCGCAAGAGCCGUGAAAAUGCCUCUUAAGCAACUGGAACGAGCGAUACGUUCUUUAAAAUCACCACCGCUGUGCUGGCAGCUUCCUCAUGCCUAGGCCCAGACCAU